CUAGUGUCCACUAAUCUGCCCGUCAUGGUCUGGCUCUACGGAGGAGGCUUCCUGGUUGGAGACUCAAUGGGUGCUAACUUUUUGGAUAACUAUUUGUACAGCGGGGACGAGAUCGCAGACAGAGGUGAUGUUAUUGUGGUGACAGUGGGGUACCGUGUGGGAACUCUGGGCUUCCUGAGCACUGGAGACUCCGGUUUGCCUGGAAAUUAUGGUCUGUGGGACCAGCAGGCUGCCAUCGCCUGGGUGCACAGAAACAUCCGUUCAUUUGGAGGAGACCCUGACAACAUCACCAUCUUUGGAGAGUCUGCAGGUUCAGCUAGUGUGAGCUUCCAGACUCUAACUCCCCACAACAAAGGAAUGAUCAGGAGAGCCAUCUCCCAGAGUGGGGUUGCUCUUUGCCCUUGGGGUAUCAACAAAAACCCCCGUAGGUUCGCUGAGGAGGUUGCUUUGAAGGUCAACUGCCCGACUGAUGACAGAAUGGCUGCUUGUUUGAAGAUGACUGAUGCCGAAAAGCUAACAUUGGCAGGUUCCCUCGAUUUAACCAGCUCUCCCGAUCAUCCUAUUGUAUUCAACCUGGUCCUGUCUCCUGUGAUCGAUGGCGAUUUUUUGCCGGAUGACCCUUCCAACUUGUUCCACAAUGCAGCCGACAUUGACUACAUUGCUGGAGUCAACGACAUGGACGGGCAUCUCUUCACUGCCCUGGAUGUUCCAUCAAUCAACUCUAACGUGUUGGACACCCCAAUAGACGAUGUGAAGAGACUCUUGGGUGCCUACACAAAGGAGAAGGGUGCAGCUGGUUUGAACAACGCUUAUUCCACAUACACCGCAAACUGGGGGACGAGCCCCAGCUGGGAGACCAUCAAGAAAACCGUUGUGGCGAUUGGAACCGACUACAUUUUCCUGGUUCCUACACAGGCUGCCCUUUACCUUCAUGCUUCCAAUGCUAGAACUGGACGCACCUACUCCUAUCUAUUCUCUGAGCCCAGCCGUUUGGGCGGUCUCGUCAUGCCCUACCCCAGCUGGAUGGGAGCUGACCACGCUGACGACCUGCAGUACGUGUUCGGAAAGCCUUUCGCCACACCGCUGGGAUACUGGCCUAGCCAUCGUGACCUGUCUGGCUACAUGAUUGCCUACUGGACCAACUUUGCCAAAACUGGUGAUCCCAACAAAGGAGGCCUGAGUGUGCCCGCUACCUGGCCCCAGUUCACCAGCAGUGGACACCAGUAUCUGGAGAUCCAUAAUAACAUGAACAAAAACUACGUAGGAGAGAAGAUGAGGCUGUCUUUUGUGAAUUUCUGGUCCAGUGUCUUGCCCAAUCUUCCUACAAUCUAUUCAGAAUAAAGAGCUUGUGAUAUC